AGCGCCCGCCCCGGCCUGAGCCGCCAUGUAACCGGCGCCGCCCGGAGCCCCAGCUGCGCGGGCCCAUCAACUAAUCGGCCAUGGGGGACGAAGAUGAGGAGGAGGGCUGUGAGGUGGAGCUUCGGAUCACAGAAGCCAAUCUGACCGGGCAUGAGGAGAAGGUGAGCGUGGAGAACUUCGAGCUGCUCAAGGUGCUGGGCACGGGAGCCUACGGGAAGGUGUUCCUGGUGCGGAAGGCAGGCGGGCACGAUGCGGGGAAGCUAUAUGCCAUGAAGGUGCUGCGCAAGGCGGCGCUGGUACAGCGUGCCAAGACACAGGAGCACACGCGCACAGAGCGCUCUGUACUAGAGCUGGUGCGCCAGGCGCCCUUCCUGGUCACGCUGCACUACGCCUUCCAGACGGAUGCCAAGCUGCACCUCAUCCUGGACUACGUGAAUGGUGGCGAGAUGUUCACCCACCUUUAUCAGCGCCAGUACUUCAAAGAGGCCGAGGUGCGUGUGUACGGCGGUGAGAUCGUGCUGGCUCUAGAACACCUGCAUAAGCUGGGCAUUAUCUAUCGAGACCUAAAGCUGGAGAAUGUGCUGCUGGACUCAGAGGGCCACAUUGUCCUCACAGACUUUGGGCUGAGCAAGGAGUUCCUGACAGAGGAGAAAGAGCGGACCUUCUCCUUCUGUGGCACCAUCGAGUACAUGGCCCCUGAGAUUAUCCGAAGCAAGGCAGGACAUGGCAAGGCUGUGGACUGGUGGAGCCUGGGCAUCCUGCUCUUCGAGCUGCUGACAGGCGCCUCACCCUUUACGCUGGAGGGCGAGAGGAACACACAGGCUGAGGUGUCGCGACGGAUCCUGAAGUGCUCCCCUCCCUUCCCUUCCCGGAUUGGGCCUGUGGCACAGGACCUGCUGCGACGGCUGAUGUGCAAGGACCCAAAGAAGCGGCUGGGCGCAGGUCCCCAGGGGGCACAGGAUGUAAAGAACCACCCUUUCUUCCAGGGUCUGGAUUGGACUGCUCUGGCUGCCAGGAAGAUUCCAGCCCCAUUUCAGCCCCAGAUUCGCUCAGAGCUGGAUGUGGGCAACUUUGCAGAGGAAUUUACUCGGCUGGAGCCUGUGUAUUCACCCCCUGGAAGCCCCCCAACUGGGGACCCUCGAAUCUUUCAGGGAUACUCCUUUGUGGCACCCUCCAUUCUUUUUGACCACAACAAUGCGGUGAUGACUGAUGUGCUGGAAGCGCCUGGUGCUGGAGACCGGCCAGGCCGGGCAGCGGUGGCCAGGAGUGCCAUGAUGCAGGACUCACCCUUCUUUCAGCAGUAUGAGCUGGACCUUCGGGAGCCUGCACUGGGCCAGGGUAGUUUUUCUGUGUGUCGCCGCUGCCGCCAGCGCCAAAGUGGCCAGGAGUUUGCAGUCAAGAUCCUUAGCCGCAGGCUGGAGGCAAACACACAGCGUGAAGUGGCUGCACUGCGGCUGUGCCAGACUCACCCCAAUGUGGUGACCCUGCAUGAAGUGCAUCAUGACCAGCUGCACACCUACCUGGUCCUGGAGCUGCUGCGGGGUGGGGAACUGCUGGAACACAUUCGCAAAAAGCGGCACUUUAGCGAGUCUGAGGCCAGCCAGAUCCUGCGCAGCCUUGUGUCAGCUGUCAGCUUCAUGCACGAGGAAGCUGGUGUGGUGCACCGAGACCUCAAGCCUGAGAACAUCCUAUAUGCCGAUGACACACCUGGGGCGCCGGUCAAGAUCAUUGACUUUGGCUUUGCGCGGCUUCGGCCACAGAGCCCUGCUGGGCCCAUGCAGACACCCUGCUUCACACUGCAGUAUGCAGCCCCCGAGCUGCUGGCACAGGGUGGCUACGAUGAGUCCUGUGAUCUCUGGAGCCUGGGUGUCAUUCUGUACAUGAUGCUGUCGGGACAGGUCCCCUUCCAAGGGGCUUCAGGCCAGGGCGGACAGAGCCAGGCAGCGGAGAUUAUGUGCAAGAUCCGAGAGGGCCGAUUCUCCCUCGCAGGGGAAGCCUGGCAGGGCGUGUCAGAGGAGGCUAAGGAGCUAGUUCGAGGACUUCUCACUGUGGAUCCCGCCAAGCGGCUGAAGCUGGAGGGGCUGCGGGGCAGCUCGUGGCUUCAGGACGGCAGCGCGCGCUCCUCACCCCCGCUGCGCACGCCGGACGUGCUGGAGUCCUCUGGGCCCGCAGUGCGCUCAGGGCUCAACGCCACCUUCCUGGCUUUCAACCGAGGCAAGAGAGAAGGCUUCUUCCUGAAGAGCGUGGAGAACGCGCCGCUGGCCAAGCGCCGCAAGCAGAAGCUGCGCAGCGCCGCCGCUGCCCGUCGAGGCUCCCCUGUGCCCGCUGCUGCCAAGGGGGCCACCCGCCGAGCCAAUGGCCCCCUGCCCCCCUCCUAGCCCCUGCCACUGGGGCCUGCCCGGGUCAAGGAGUUGCCUUCCUGCCUCCCCACCCACUCCCCGACAAAGCAGAAGUAUUUUUAUAAGCAGAGCAUUUUUUGUUUGUUUUUUAAUGUCUUACCAGGUAGUUAGGGCUGCAGGGAAGGAGGGACCUGCUGGAGAGUGCAUGUGGGGGGCCCAUGGGGCGGGAGACCCCUCUUAGGGGGCAGCACCAUCAGAAGGGCUCCUCCCGCCUCCUAGCCCUGCCGACUUGCCACGGAAAGAAACUGGGACUACUCCCGCGUUCUCUGAGGCCUUGCUCCUUGGAAGGGGACGCCCCGCAAGCCGUCACUUUAUGGACUGUUUGUGCAAUUAUGUCCACCAAAGACCUGUGUGGGGUUAAGCAAGACACCCUGGGGGCUCCUGGAGCGUUUCUGGCUCACUAUGUCCCCUGCUUCUCCCCUGUGGGGGCUAAGAAGGGAGGCCCUUAAAAGGGGAGGCCCCUUUGUCUCCCACCCACUUCUUUGGCACAGCUGCUCCUGGCCAGGGGUGGGGCCUUGGGGGCCUGGGCAGGACACCCACCACUCACUGCCCCAGCCCAUCCAGGCUGUGCCUUUGACUUUGAAAUAAAAGUCUACCCAGUG